AUGCUCUCUCGCACAGCCCCCAGAGCUCUGCUCGCAACCGUGCGCCCAUCUAUUCGCACAACAGCACCCACCAGCUCAGCGCUGCUCUCGCAAACCCGCACCCUUCGUCCCAACUCCGGGUCACAAUUCUCACGCUCCUUCCAGUCUUCUCCAGUCAUUUACAAGGGCAUCCACCCUGAAUCUGCAGACCCUCCUGCUCCCAACCCUCAAUCUGCGCCCGUCGCGGGUGCCGCCGCCCAUGUCACUGAGCCUACGCCGUUGACGGCUGAGGAGUACUAUGAGUACUCAGAACAUUAUUUCAAUGUGCUUCUAGCCGAGCUUGAGAAGUCACAGGAAGAGGGCUCGGAUGUGGAGGCUGAGUAUAGUGCUGGUGUCCUCAACAUCUCCGUCCCCGCAAUCGGCACCUUCGUGCUGAACAAGCAACCACCCAACAAGCAAAUCUGGCUCAGCUCCCCCAUCUCCGGACCUAAGCGGUACGACUGGAUCGUCGAAGGCGACUACAUGCACGAGAAGCAGGAUUCGCGGCCCUUCGCCAGUGGACAGUGGAUUUACCUGCGUGAUGGAUCGAACCUGACUGAGCUGUUGAACUCGGAGUUGUCAUUGCGUCUGCCCAAGGAUAUCUACAGCGAGGUUAUUGAGUAA